GCCCAGCCAAGUCACGUAACACUAUAUUCAAUGCUAAACUAGUGUUAGUAUUGUCAGUACAAAGAGAAGAAAGAGAGAGGAACAAGUAAGAAAAGCUACUGCAGAUUUUACAAUCAUGUCAAUGGGAGGGACUGAAGUUUCUCCUGAUGUAAAGGCAACGUUUGAUAGCAUCAAAAACCACCACGCCAAAAAAUGGGCUUUCUUUGAAAUUGACAGGAGCAAAAGAGUGGUCCUUACUCAAUCUGGUGAAAGACGUGAUACUAAAACGAGGGAAGAGGACAAGAAAAUAUUUGAAGAAGAAGUGAAGGCCAAACUGAGGGAUGACCAGCCACUGUACAUUCUGUAUGACUUUCAAUUUACAAACAAAGCAGGAAGGUUUAUUCAAAAAGUUGCUUUUAUUCCUUGGGUUUCUAAAACUGCCAGAAUUAAAGACCAGAUGUCAUUUUCAUCUGCUAAAGAUGCAGUUAGAAAAUGUUUUACUGGGAUAUCGAUUGAAUAUCAGUUCACCGAUAUUGGUGAAGUUGAUUAUGAUACUCUUGCUGAUGAAGUUGAAAGGAAAGCUUGAUAAAAAUCCACAAGGAACUGUCAUAAAUAAUAAUAAUAACAAGUAGUGACUCAAUAAGCCAUUAUUAGUUAUGUACAUGUACAAGUAGUUUAUUAAUAAUAAUCAUAGUUUAGCUUAAUCAACAUUACACAACACUA